CUGUAACCUCCUUUACUUUUUUUUUUGGGCAACUCUGUAACCUCCUUUACAUAACACAAAGCCCAUACAUACAUAUAUACAUAUAUAUAACACAUACACGUAUACAAUACAAUCCACACAUUAUAUAAACAUUCACACUCACUCUUCUUCAUACACUCUCCAAACUAAGAAAACACUAGGCCCAAAGCUCACAGUCAAAAUCUCAGUCUCUUCUACUUCUUUUUCCAUCUGGGUCUUGUCAGAUAAAUCUAAAAUGAUGAGAGAAGGUCAUGAGGAGGAAGAGAUGAUGAUGAUGUUGGCGAAGAAACCUGCAUGGCUUGAAGGACUAAUGGCGGAAACUUUCUUCUCGAGCUGUGGGAUCCACGAGAGUCGCCGUAAAAGCGAGAAGAACGUAUUUUGCUUGCUCUGUUGUCUCAGUGUUUGUCCUCACUGCCUCACUUCACAUCGCUCUCAUCCUCUUCUACAGAAUUGGCAGGUGAGACGAUAUGUAUACCACGAUGUCGUUCGGCUGAGUGAUCUUGAAAAGCUCAUUGAUUGUUCAUAUAUUCAGCCAUAUACGAUUAAUGGAGCCAAAGUGAUAUUCAUAAACCAAAGACCACAAUCAAGAGCUAAGGUCUCUUCAAAUGUUUGCUUCACUUGUGAUAGAAUCCUCCAAGAACCAUUCCACUUUUGUUCGCUCUCUUGCAAGGUGGAUUACUUACAAUAUCAAGGAGAUGAUUUAUCAAGCAUUCUCUAUAGAAUCGAUGAAUCGGAUUUCACAUUUUCAAGUUUGAGAAUGGAUGGACACGAUCAGCUCGGAGAGAUAUCAACAAUGGAGGAAGAUACCGACGAUAUUAUGGUGAUGUCAGAUCAGUGGGAGCAGGGUAACAAUAGUAACAAGAAGGAGAAAACGAAGAAGAAAAAAGAGAGUAAAUACUCGCCUGGGAUGGUUCUUUCACUUGGUAGCAGAAGAAAAGGUGCUCCUCAUAGGGCUCCUUUUUCAUAGUUCAAGAACAAUAAAAUCAUAAGCAAAAAUGCUACUAUAUUUUAAAAUAAGCACAAUAUAUGUGUGUGUAUCGUGUUUCUUUUAUUAGGUAUAUCUUGUAAUGGGUACGAUAAAACCAUUAGUACUCUUUAUAAGUUUAUCACCAAAAUGUUUUUGGUUUUCUUUUUAAUUUUUUGUAUCAUGGUUUAUUUAUUAAUCUUCGUUUUUUUUGUGGUAACGUGGAAUCACUUUUUACGUUUAUUUAAGGAAAAUUUGGUUUCUUCAUGAAUAAAAACUGGGUGGAGUAUUAAAAAGUGGACUCGUAGUUUGGGUAAUUUUCAUUGGGAGAUGGAAGAGUCGACUACAGGUUUUCACGAGGAUACUUGAAAAGUCUCAGCUGCGUCAUGAACUACACCAACAUCGUUUUUCUAUUUUACGAUUUUAAUCUCUACAAAUUAUUUGAAAAGUGAUUUGAUAUAUAUAAAUAAUCAAUUAAUCAUCAUAUUGAUUGUGAAAUAAAAUAAUAACAUGACAUACUAACAAUGAUAACAUGAUUGAAACUAAUUGUACAUGAACAUAUAUAUUUAGUGUUUUUAUAGUUUUGGUAAGGCUUUUAGAAUAUAAUAAUGAAAUAUAAAUCAACAUUAAUAUAACAACUAAUAAUAUAAUAGUAGAAAUAAAAAUAUAGUAAUAUUUAACUAUUUUAAAUAAUUUUGUAAUUUUUAUUUCUUAAACAAAUCUUCAAAAAUUAUGCAGUUCUUUAAAAAUUUAUAAUUUUGUAACCUUAUUACCAUUAGUUUCUUUUUAAUAUCUACAAAUCUCAGAAAUAUUAUUUAGUUUUACGUUUUGAUAAUUAUGUACCUAACAAAAUUUUCUAUUAAUAUUAUAAAAUUUAAUUAAAUAUAUUUUAACCAAAAUAAAUAGAUAAAAAGUUAUUUCCAAGAAUAUACUAGAAGAAAGAUGCCGAUCUGUUGGAGUGUCGAUUUUGUAAGAAGCUACGAUUUAAACCGCAAGGACAUGGACGGAAUAGGAUACCGUACCAGCGAAUGUGGUGCUUACCUAUUACCGAUAGGUUGAAUAGAUUAUAUCAAUCUCAAAAGACUGCAGCAGCGAGAGAUGGCAUGCAGAACAUAUUCAGAAGGAAGGCGAGAUCAAUCAUCCCUCAGAUGCAAAAUCUUGGAAAACACUUGAAUUCAGUACACAAGGAUUUUGCAAGCAACCCCCGCAAUGUUUAUCUUGGGCUGUGCACAAACGGCUUUAGUCUUUUUGGAAUGUCUGGAAGACAAUACUCGCUUUGGCCAGUCAUCCUGACGCCUUACAACCUUCCACCAGAGAUGUGUGUGGAAAGAGAAUUCCUUUUCAUGAGUAUAAUGAUACCAAGGCCUACACAUCUAAAGCGUUCCCUCGAUGUUUUUCUACAGCCUUUGAUAGAAGAAUUGAAAGAAUUAUGGUUAACAGGGGUGUAGACAUAUGAUUGUUCAACGAGAAGGAACUUUACAAUGCGAGCAGUUCUUUUGUGGACCAUCAAUGACUUUCAUGCAUAUGGAAUGUUAUCAUGUUGGACGACGCAUGAGAGGCUAGUUUGUCUGUAUUGUUUGUGAAGCACAUACGCAUUUCAGCUGAAGAAUGGUAGGAAAACGUCUUGGUUUGAUUGUCAUCGGAGAUUUCUUUCCAUUAACCAUCCAUACAGGAGGAACAAGACAUUGUUUUGAUCCAAAAAGGUUGUACGACACACCGCUCCAUCAUAUUUGUCUGGUAAGAAAAUCGAGAAGGAUAUUGAUUACCAUGGUGCACUAGGAACAGUCGAUAAAUGGGGUAAUUUGCAUACUCCAGCAAAUAUGGAUGAUGGUUGCGGGACACAACAUAAUUGGCACAAGAAAAAUAUAUUUUGGGAACUUCCAUACUGGAAGGAUCUACUUCUGCGACACAAUCUUGAUGUGAUGCAUAUAAAGAAGAACUUCUUUGACAACAUCAUCAAUACAUUACUGAACGUCCCCGGCAAGCCUAAAGAUAACAAGAACUCAAGGUUGGACUUGCCUACAAUAUGUGCUAGGAGUGAGCUUCAAAUUAAAAACAAUGGGCAAAUUCCGGUUCCCAUUUUCAGAUUGUUGGUAGAAGCGAAUGCGGCGUUGUUCAAGUGGGUAGUAUCAGGUGUGAAGUUUUAUGAUGGGUAUGUUUCAAAUAUGUCGAGAUGUGUUGAACAUAUGCAAAAAAUUUCACGGCGUACUACUUUGGGUCACAAGUCCGGACAAGGAAAAGGGCACCAAGCAGAUAUGAUGAUGGUGGUGUUAUGCCGACAUAUGUUGUACCAGGUAUUCCAGACAUAUUUUGUCAGAUUGGACGUCUAGCUAGGAAAUUGAAAGAAGUUUGGUGGUCGAGUACAUAAGACGCUCACAGUGCACACACAUAUUACUUCUUAACUGUAUAUAGCCUAACCCCAUCGACUACAGUUAGUUGCUGUCUAGUCUCUCUCUUUCAAGCCUCAAUAUGCCUUCUCUCUAGGUACGAUUUUUGUUUUGUUUUAGUUUAGGUGGUUAGUUUAGGGAAUUAGAUUAGGUUUGGAAUUAGUUUAAUUUAGAUGGUUAGUUUAGAAAAUAAAUUAAAUUAAUGUAUUUAUUAAUGGAUUUAAAUUGUUUCAUCUACUAAUUUAAAUUUGUUUUCCCAAAACAGAUUUAUCAGUAUGUCUGCUUUUGGUAGGAAAAGAAUUAGGAACAAACCGAAAUAUGAGACUACUUUUCUCGGCGGAUGAUCCGUCGACAACUUCUAGCUCCGGUGGUGUAUCUGCACUGGAAUUCGUCCCUUAGAGCCAAUCUCAGGAAAUACCACCGCAUACGACGACUCACCAGUCUAUGGGCCACUGAGGAAGGAUCACCACAAUUCUUGCUCGACUUUACAAGAAUACAGCCAUAAAGAUGGCAUGUUUUUCGAUGCUCAGGCAGAAAAGAUCCACAACGAAGUGGAGGCUCAAUCGAAGAGGUUCAGACCCAGUUGUCUCAACAAAAUCCGGAUGCCCCAGCGGUUCAGUUGUCAACCGUCGAGGAGGAUAAAAUUUUUGGACAAGUAAAUUAAUAUGCUUAUUUACAUAUAUAUAUAUAUAUAUAUAUAUAUAUUUAAUAUAUAUUUACUAAUAACUAAUCAUACUUAAUUAUUAAUUAAAGAUUAUCCCGAAGAAAAGGGGACAAAUGGUCGGGAUCGGUUUGGUGAACGAUGUUCCUAGGGUGACAGCAGCUUACACUGCUACAAGGGAGGAGGAACAUGUUCGGCUCCGGGCAGAUUUGAUAGCAGCCAACGGAGUCAUCUCGAAGCUGCAGACCACCAAUGAGCUUUUUUGAGAAAAUGUUUGACCUCGUCGCGGAUUCAAACCGGUGCUUGCGCAGCAGUGGCGGAAUGUACGUCCCCGCAUUCACCGCGACUCCAAUCCUGAAGAGCAAGCGGAGUUAGAGAGACAAACCGAAGUCAAUAGUUCCCAGCUCCGUGACAAUCGUAACCUUCAAUAGAUAUUUUUAUGUAUGUAUUUUGUGUUUCUAUGUUUUUAUUUUGGAUAUUACAAUAUUUUAAUAUAUUAGAAUUUUAAAAAAAUUAGAAAUAAUUUUUGUUUGUAAAUUUAUUUUUAAAACUAUUUUAUUUUGUGUUUAAAUAUCGAUGUAAUAUUGUUGUGAAAUUUACGACGAGUUCACGUCGAAGUCGAUGUAAGUUCGUCGUAGCAAUUACGACGACAUUACAUCGAUCUUCAAAGUGAAUUCGUCGUAAUGUUUACGUCCACAGAACCAUGUUUUUACGUCAAACGUUUUACGUGAAUAUUACGACGAAUAAUUAUAAUAACUUUACGACUAGUGAUGAAGACGUAAGCUUACGUCUACUUUACGACGACUAAUGGUACGACAAAUUAAUCUCUACAGUGUUUCGUCGUAAGACGGUUUUACGUCGAUGGCCCAUUACGACGAGCUAUUAACAACGAUAGUCAAAUCGUCCUUAAGUCGUCGUAAUUGGCGUAUAACGACGAUAUAACGGAGAUAUGUGCAGUCGUCAUACUUCUGUUUUCUUGUAGUGAGGAUAUUGUGGAUGCGUUUGAAAUUUCGAGGAAAUAAAUAUUCAAAAUGCGAACAAUGUUGAUGUGGACGAUGAGUUAUUUUCAUGUGUAUGGUAUGCUGUCAGAUUGGAUGAGUCAUGCUUGGAUGGCCUGUCCAUAUUGUCUAAAUGGUACACAAGCAUUCUGUUUUAAUAAUGGACGAAGACAUAACUGGUUUAACUGUCACACAAAGAUUUUCUGCAUAUCAUCUUUAUAGAAGAAACGUUCAAGCAUUUAGAUGGGGAGAAAACCGUUGCCGAUCAUCCUCCACCGUGGUUGAUAGAAAUUUUGUAUAAAAUAAUAAAUGACUCGAAAGCAACUUUUAACUUGAUCAAAUAUUUUCAACGGAGAAAUUGAGUGGAGACCAUUCGAAUUAUCUCAGCAAACGCAGACUAUGGUCGUCUCUAAUUGCAAGCAAUGCCUCUUUAGGUUACAACCUUUGCUAACUGAGGAAGCUUGAGUUGAAGAAGAGAUGCCAUGGAAAUGGUCAACAAAAUUUUGGUUGGACCUUUUCUAAUAUAAUUUUUGAUUUUUUUUUUCUUUUGAGCUUAUUUAUAUCAUCUACCGGUGAAUAUCUACUAUUACCAUUUUAAGUUUAUAUUCUCAAAUCAAGUUUCUCAAAUCAAGUUUUUUUAGUUUGAAUUUAACAAUGGCUUCUUAGGUCAAAUUAAACAGUGUAAAAUGCGAAAAAAAUACUAGCGAAUGAAGUGGACUUUAUGUAAGUAUUUUAUUUUGUCUGUAAUCUACCGCCAAUUCUUUAUGGUCUUUUACCCAAAAAAAAAAAUAUUUCUAGUCUCGUUGAAGUGUUAAUCUUUUUUUAUUUUUUUUUGUAAAAGGCGUUGAAGUGGUUUUUAGUGAGUGGCUUUUGAAAAUCUUUAGAGCACGAAGCGUCAGCUACAAAAAGAAUUCCACAUUUGUAUAAAAUUUUGUGGAAAAAUUAAGGCACAGUUAAAGUAUAGUACAUCUAAUUAGGCAAAAAAAAUUAGAAAAUAAUAAAAGGUAUUUGCAUAUGAAUUAUUCUUGGGUUCACUCUAGGGAGUGAACCUCUAGGUUCACCAAUCAAUAAGAUUUUGUUAUUUUAUAUUUGAUAUCUUUUAGAAAAGAAAAUAUUAUGUUUUUAAAACUAAAAAGUAAAAAAAAUAAUAAUAAUAAUAAUAGAAGUUACAAAAAAAGAAUUUAAAAAAAAAUACAUAAUUUUAACGUCGUGGCAAAACACUAAAUCUUAAAUCCUAAACUCUAAACCUUUGGGUAAACCAUAAACCCUUGGAUAAAUCCCAAACUCUAAAUCAAAAACACUAAACACUAAAACACUAGAUCCAAAAUCUUAAACCCAAACCCUCGAGUGUUUUAGCGUUUAGUGUUUUUAAUUUAGAGUUUAUGAUUUAUCCAAGGGUUUAGGGUUUACCUAAGAGUUUAGGGAUUAUGAUUUAUGGUUUAUUAUUUUGCUGAUAAUGUUAAAAGUUUUUUUUUUGUAACUGCUAUUAUUAUUAUUAUUUUUAAACAUUAUGUAACUUGAGAAUUUUUUUUUUUUUUUUAAGAUUUCGAAUAUGAAAUAAUUAAAUUUUGUUGGUUAUUGAACCUAGAGGUUCAACCAAAAAUACGAAUACGUCUUUGCAGAUAUUGAUGAGCAUAAAAAACACAUGGUCGGCCCACUUCUUCGUAUAUUUUUCUGGUAUUAGGUUUCCAUAUUUGUAACAAGCUAUGCAACAGACAAGGCCAUUGGCGUACACAGAAUAGAGGGCAAAGUGGGCUAUUGACACGUGUAUUUCUCUGUCAAGAAUUCGUUCAUGUUCUUUCCACAUGCAAAUGCAAUGGCCUUGCGCUGAAUACAUGUUUCUAAAGAUAAGUCUAUUGCAGGAAUAUAUGUGUUUUGAGAAAGAAACGGGCACAUAUUUCUUAAUUAUUACUAUUAUUAAAUUGUAUUUGAAUUAAUUUUUUUUUUUUUUUUUUAUCAUUUCUCCUGUUUUCUGAAGAAUAAUUUUUUUCUCAACUCUCAAAAAUUAUUAAAAUAUCUUUGAUAAUUAGUUGAUUAUUUAUUAUUGAUAUCAAUUGAGAGUACAGAAAAUUGAAAGCAUGAUCUGUAUUAAUUUGGAAAUGGUUUAAAUUUUUACGAGAACAUUACAACACGUGAACAAAACUUAUAUAUAGACUUGAUGAUCUUAAAACUGUUCAAAUAUCAAAAUCUACUAGUGAUGGCGAAAUAUUUCAGUCAACUCUUAAAAAUGUUAUAAGAAUAUUUUUUAUAUUAUGAAUAUUUUACAAAUAAAUUAAAGAAAUCUAAAAGAUAGUAUUACUUUAUUUAUCAUAAACUGGUUGUGAUUUGAUUACAUAUUCAAACUAGAUUCAAGAGUUUGCCAUUGUCGACGAAAGAAGUAUUACAUGUAUAAAGAGCCAAGUAGCCUAGGGUGGAUCCACCAAGAUCAUUUGGGAGAAGAACUAUUCAGUAUCCAAGGCUAUCGCAUGAAUGUCUCGCCACUCUACACAUAAAUGAAGGGCCUAGUAUGGGUUAUGACAUGUCUAAGAUCGAUAGAUGUCCUCUCAAUACAUAUUGAGACACUACAAGAAAACACAAGUUUUACGAGGGCAGUUUUCCUCGUUACUUCGUCGUAAAAGCAGUGUUACGACGAAUUAGCGAGAAAACCCGUUUCGUCGUUAUACGUUUGUCGCAACGCAUAUAUCCUCGCUAAUUCGUCGUAAAGUAGCGAGGAAAUAAUUUCGUCGUAAAAGCGAAGGAGGAUAUUUCGUCGUAAAGACCACGUAAAGAUUCCACGUAAGGACGUCGCUAAGUUUCCUCGUAAAUACCACGAAAAACUUUCCUCGUAAAACCCACGUAAAUAAAUACUCGUAAAAUAAACGUUAAUACCUUGAUAGCUUUCCACGUAAAAAAAACGUAAAAACCUUUAUAAUUUCCACGUUAUUUCCUUGUAAACGUUUCCUCGUAAAAACCACGUUAAGCUUCCACGUAAAGAAGCCGCAAAAUUAGCUACGAAUUUACUUCGUUUCAUUAUUUUAUAGAAAUAUAAAAAAUUAUAAUUA